AUGAAUUUUGGAUCUAUGAAUAUUAAAGGAGCAGGUGGGGCUGGGAAAGCAGCAGGAGUUAGAGAAAUUCUGGAUUUUGAAUUCACAAAAAUGGAUGCGGAUGGAAGAUCGGGUGGCCUUUUGUCGAUGUGGAAUCCGCGAAUUUUCAAAAAGGAACUGGAGGUAAAAAAUCAAAAUUUUAUUAUACUAAAGGGUAGGGUCACUGGGGAGGAUGUGGAUAUGGUUAUUGUUAAUGUUUAUGGGUCAACGUUAAAAGCUAAUAGAAGGAGGAUGUGGGAAGAGCUGUUAGAAGCGAAGAAUUCGAUUCAUGGUUUAUGGCUAAUAUUGGGCGACUUCAAUGAAGUUAGGUACCCGGAGGAGAGAUUUAAUUCCCAGUUCGAUAUAGGUGGAGCUAUGAGUUUCAAUAGUUUCAAUAUGGGGGGCAUGAAGUUCACUUUCUUAUCUGGAGAUGGCACAAAUCUAAGUAAAAUAGAUCGGAUGCUAGUUUGUGAAAACUUUACGGGGAGGUGGCUGAACGCGUCACUAUUGGCUCUAAACAGAGACUUUUCAGACCAUAGUCCGUUAAUCUUGACGACUAUCAACAAUAGUUUUGGUCCAUCCCCAUUCAGGUUAUUUAGCAGUUGGUUUUCGAUUCCUGGUUUUGAUGAGGCAGUGAGGAGAGGGCUGAGUAAAAGUAGCGAUUCCAGGUUUAAAGAUGAAGCGAUGGCGAUAAAGCUAAAGGCAAUAAAGGAAGAAUUAAAGGCAUGGAGAAAGAAUAGAAAAGAGGAAGAAGAAAAGACCAUGAUAGAAGCUCAAAACAAUCUGAAAGUAUUGGAUAAUCUAGCGGAGGAAAGACAAUUAUCAGAAUCUGAGAUCGUCUCGUGGCACGAUUGCAAGAAGAGUAUCAAGUUUUGGCAUGAAAAACUGGCAACGGAUUUACAACAAAAGCAAAAGUGA